GCUUGUAUAUCUUCAUACAGUUGAACAGGUCAACUAUCAAAACAUACAUCUGGUGUUGUUAGCAACAGCUUAUAUCCACGAACGUCGCAGGGUUGCUGCCUUCGCAUCUCGUUCGUGGACAUCACAGCACGCAUCUUUUUUCUUUUUGUUGUUAAACAUUGUGAGUGACAAUGUACGGCCAACCGGAUCCGUCCAAUCCGUACGGGAACACCUACGGCGGCUACGCAGCUUACGGCUCCUCGGCGGCGGGAGCCAAUCCAGCGUCGACCCAAGCUACGGCUGCUCCUGCUGGUGGGCACUACGAUCCCAGUCAAGCAUACGGAGCGUCAAACAACUACUAUGGGCAAGCAGCUGCUCCGCAGCAGUCAACACCUCCACAGCAGCAGCAGCUGCAGCAGCCCUCUGCUUCAGCCCCCGCACCAGCCGCGGGCUCGGCAGCUUCGCCGUCCGCCUACGGCUACAGCGGGUACGGAUACCAGAGCCAAAAUGCCGCACCGAAUGCAGGCUAUCUCUACGGUAAUGCGGGGGCCGCUGCGCCUGCGGCUGCGGGAGGGCAGUCGGGGCUGAGCUCCGCACCGCCUGCACGCAGUUCUGCUGGCUACGAUCCCUACGGUACAUCGAGGCAGCCGUCUGCACCGCACCCCACGGCGUCGUCUCCGUACGCGACAAACGCAGCCACGGGCGCGGUUCCUGCAGGUGGGGCGUACCCUCCGCCGAGUCGGCCCGCAGCGCCACCACAGAAGCAGCAGCAGCAGCCUGCCCCUGCCAAUGUGAGCAACAGCAGCAGCGGCUAUCGAGAGCCGCAGCGCCCCUUAGCGCGCAACCCGCCGCACCGCGUGGUGAACGUGCGGCUGGUGCCCAACCCGGAGCGCAGCAUCGUUCGCACCUCCGGCGCCCCGCAGGAGUACCUGACCUGCACGAACGAGCCGCCGCUGGCCACCGACGACUUCGUCGGCGUCGACAACGGCAACGCCAAUCCGAAGUUCUUCCGCCCCUCGAUGCUCUGCACGCCCGUCCAGGAGCGUCUGAUCAAGGACAGCCACGUCCCGUUUGGCAUCAUCCUCGCCCCGCUGAGCCAGCAGCUGCACAGCAAGGAGGUGGUGAGCGUGGUGAAGCGCAGCACGGCGCCGACGCGGUGUCAUCGCUGCCGCGGAUACAUGAGCUGUCACGCGCGCUGGCUCGAGAUGGGCCGCAAGUGGGAGUGCCCACUGUGCGAGGUGGUGAACGAGGUACCGGAUGAGGAGUUCAGCAGCGUGGAUGGGCUUGGCCGCCCGAUCAACCAACCCGACCACCCCGAGCUCAGCUGCGGCAGCGUCGAGUUCGAUGUGGACGAGUUCCCCGAGUACGCGCUGCGUAGCGAGGACGGCAACGCCCUCCCAACGCGACCGCUGCACCACCUCUUCUUGGUGGACAUCUCUCGUGAUGCGGCGCAGCGCUUCCUGCCCGACUACGUUGAGGCGAUGCGUAGUGGGCUGCAGCGCAUGGCGGAGAUCACGCCGGCCUGCAAGGUCUCCUUCAUCACCUUUGCCUCGCAGCUCCACUUUUACGACUUGCGACACCCCGACAUGCCGCAGCGGUGCGUCCCCGACGUGGAGAACCCGUUCGUGCCGCUCCCCUUCACCAGCCUGUGCUGGCUGGAGGUGGGCGCCGACCUGGACCGCAUCGAGCAGUUUCUCGACCGUCUCACCACCGUGGCAGCGUACGUGGAGGAGGUGGAGUGCGUGCUGGGCGCUGCCGUGAAGGCGGCCACGUUGGUGCUCGCCGGUCAGCACGGCGGGCGGGUGAUCAUGUGUGCGCAUCGCUACCCGCAGCGCGGCCUCGGCUGCAUCGUACCGCGUGAGCAGCACAAGCUCUACGGCACGGAUCGGGAAAAGGAACUGCUGCGUCCCAUCGAGGGUUUCUGGACGACCACCGCGAGCGAGGCGGCGAAGCAGCAGAUCUCGUUUGAUCUUUUUAUGUUUUCAUCCGAGUACACCGAACUGGUGACGCUGUCGAGCGUGUGUCACGUGACAAACGGACGCGUCUUCUACUUUAAAUCCUAUGACCCGCUGGUGGACAACACAAAGGUGACGGCGUCGAUGCAGCAGUUGCUGACGGAGGAGGCCGGCUACGCUGGUAUCUUGCGUGUGCGGUGCAGCACCGGUCUGCGCGUGCAGCGCUACCGCGGCCAUUUCCUUGCGCAGACGGUGCAGGACAUGGAUCUCGCCAGCAUCACGAGCAGCUCCACCUUUUUUGUAGAGUUCGCGCACGAGGGCAACCUGGAGAAGGGCAACUACACCCACUUCCAGGCCGCCCUGCUCUACACAACCCGCUCGGGUCAUCGUCGGGUGCGGGUGCACUCGUGCCGCAUGCGCGUCGCGAGCUCGCUCACCGUACUCUUCCGCAACCUGGACAUGGAAGCGACGCUUUUUGGCUUCAUUCAAGAUACCAUUGCGGAGGCAGUGAACAAGGGACCACGCCAGGCCCGUCAGAGCAUGACGGAUCGCCUCAUCAAGUCCUUCUCGAGCUACCGUCUUUACUGUGCGGCCGACGGUGGCAACAGCGACUACGGCGACGCCAAGCCCGCGGCGCGCGACAAGAAGAACACGCUUUUAAUGCCGCCGCGGCUGAAGCUGCUUCCGGUGUUCCUGCUGUGUCUCAUGAAGUCCGACGCGCUCACCGAAGGCACCGUGGUGCCGGUCGACAACCGAGUCGCCAGCGUCUUUGACCUCGUCUCGAUGCCGAUGCACAAGCUGCUGAGCUACCUCUACCCCUCCCUCUUCAGUCUCGAGGACCUCGAGACGGACCCGCGCAUUGGCACGCUGGUGGAGGAGACGGGCCAUUGCGUUCUGCCGCAUCAUCGCCAGCUCGUCUUCGAUAGCGUGGCGCGCGAUGGGGCGUAUGUGCUGUGCGAUGAGCAGGCGCACCUUGUCUACAUGUGGAUUGGGUCGCAGGUGUCACCGAAGCUGUCGCAGCUGCUCUUCAGCACCGAUGACGCCACGACGGUGUGCACAGCAAGCGGCCCCGGCGAGGAGUGCUUCGGGGAGCGUCUGCGCAACGUCCUGUACGCGUUGAUGCUACGCGAGGAUGGCAUGCGGCGCCUCAUCGUCGUGCACGAGGGCGAGCGGGCCGAGGACGCCUUCUUCAAGGAACUCAAGGAGGAAAUGGGCACCAGCCCGAUGGGCUACGACGAGUACCUCACCCACAUCCACCGCACUAUCCUCUCCUCUUCCAUGGGCGGCUUUUAA